GCCCAGCGUUCUCGUCUUGAACGGCUGGCUUGAAUUUGCACACAAAUCCUGAUAACACUUACACAAUCUCCUUGACUUUGUAUUCCCAGCAGUGAUUCUGGACCUGCACCCACCACUCCACCGGAACUCGAGCAGCUCAACGCCAUGGCUGCCACCGCGUUCGCCGCGGCCUCUGUGCCCAGCACUGCUUCCCUCAAGGGCGCAGGUUCCAAGGGAUUCUCAGAAUUUUCGGGAAUGAAGAGCACCAGCAUUGCUACGUUUGGCAAGCAAAUCGAUGACCUCGCUUCGAUCGUCGCUGCCCAGUCCGCUGUCUCUGCCAGCUCCGGAGCCAGCAGGGCCGUCACCGAGGCCAAGAUCAAGGUUGCCAUCAACGGAUUCGGACGUAUCGGACGCAACUUCAUCCGCUGCUGGCACGGCAGGAAGGACUCUCCCCUCGACGUCGUCGUGAUCAACGACACGGGAGGUGUGAAGCAGGCGUCUCAUCUGUUGAAGUAUGACUCCAUGCUCGGCACCUUCAACGCAGACGUUAAGGUUGAGGGCAACGAUGCCAUCAGCGUGGACGGAAAGGUGAUCAAGGUGGUGUCCGACAGGAACCCUCUGAACCUGCCAUGGGGCGAGAUGGGCAUCGACCUGGUGAUCGAGGGAACCGGAGUGUUCGUGGACGAGGCGGGCGCCGGCAAGCACAUCCAGGCGGGAGCGAAGAAGGUGUUGAUUACGGCGCCCGGAAAGGGUGCGAUCCCGACGUACGUGGUGGGCGUGAACGAGCAGGACUACAAGCACUCGGACGCGAUCAUCAGCAACGCAUCGUGCACGACGAACUGCCUGGCGCCGUUCGUGAAGGUGUUGGACGAGAAGUUCGGGAUCAUCAAGGGCACAAUGACGACGACCCACUCGUACACGGGUGACCAGAGGCUGUUGGAUGCGUCGCACCGUGACUUGAGGAGAGCGCGUGCCGCAGCUCUGAACAUCGUGCCGACGUCGACGGGAGCCGCGAAGGCGGUGGCGCUGGUGCUGCCGAACUUGAAGGGGAAGAUCAACGGAAUCGCGCUGCGAGUGCCGACGCCGAACGUGUCGGUGGUGGACUUGGUGGUGCAGGUGGAGAAGAAGACGUUUGCGGAAGAGGUGAACCAGGCAUUCAGGGAUGCGUGCGAGACGGAGCAGCUGAAGGGAGUGUUGGCGGUGUGCGACGAGCCGUUGGUGUCGGUGGACUUCAGGUGCACGGACGUGUCGUCGACGGUGGACUCAUCGCUGACGAUGGUGAUGGGAGACGACAUGGUGAAGGUGGUGGCAUGGUACGACAACGAGUGGGGAUACUCGCAGAGGGUGGUGGACUUGGCGAACCUGGUUGCGGAGAAGUGGCAGUAGAAGGAUGGCGUGGAGAUGGAAGCGAUCCGAUGCGGUCCCAGUGGCGGUGGCGGUGGCGAUGGGUGUGCCGGAGCUGCGAACAGUUGGCAGCAGGCGCGGUGAGUGAGGCACCGCGGGUGUGCGGGAAAGGAGUGAGGUCGCAGUGGGAUUGUGGGGGAUGGAUCGAGCCUUGGGGGAUUGUUGUGAGUAGUAGUAGAUGUUCAUCGCCAAGGUGGCGGUGAGACUCAGGAGUUCCCCGAAGGUGGCAUUGCUAAUGUACUCAUUCGUCGAGCCUAAUUUAUUUGUUUACUUGUACGCCUCAA